AGAAGAAAGUUUAACUUAUUUAAUUAUUUAAUAAAGCUUAGAUAUAAUUCUUUAGUUCUUUAGCAAAAGUAUUAAAUUCUUUACUACUUUCCUUAAACACCAUGACGUGGAUAGUUAAAUGUGCGUUUGUGUGCUGAAAAUAAUCAGCCGUCAUUAAGAAAAAAGUGACAUUUUUAACAAAAUAACAAUUUUGCCGAAAAGCGAAUUAUAUCUAAUAAAAUAAACCAUGAAAUUGCCAUAAAUUAUAUUUUGGUUGUGUCAAGAAACAAGUUAAAUCAAUAAUAAUAAUCUGCGAAAUAAUAGAAGCUACUUUGGAAUUUGGAAUCUUACCUGCGAGUCUCUGAGCCUUUACAGAAGAGGGGAGCGACAUUUUGUGUAUAGGUGGCAUUAAAAGUAUUUAAAGGCCAUUGCAAAUAAGGCUGACCCUUAAAGAAGAAGCGACCAACCAUGAAAUAGUUAUCAGUCAAAUUUGUUUUGUAGAAUUCCAAUAUUAGACGAAGAAGAGUGACGCGUGCUCAUAUUCCUGCAACCUUCCUUUUUUUUUGUUUCGUUCUUUUUUUUUUUUUUUUGUAUUUAAGAAUAAAAAGUUAAAAUAAUUUGCUAUAAAAUUCAUAAAUAGAAAAAUAUGAUGAAUGAAGAAAUCGCGUCGUCAUCAUCAACAAGUAGUAGUGGAGUCAAAAAAAUUUUCCUACGUCUAUCACAAAUUUAUCAAAGCACAUUAGAUCGCUCUACACCGCAUACUAAACUACGUUGGAUUGGUGCUGGCAUUUUGCUGCUACUUUUUCUAUUACGCAUAUUUGUUUACCAUGGCUGGUAUAUAGUAUGCUAUGCGGUGGGCAUUUAUCAUUUGAAUCUAUUCAUUGCAUUUUUAACACCAAAAAUUGAUCCCGAAUUCGACCCAUACGCAAAUGACGACGAUGGUCCAAACUUGCCGAUGCGUAGCAAUGAAGAAUUUCGACCAUUUAUACGCCGCUUGCCGGAAUUCAAAUUUUGGCUCUCAAUUGUGAAAAGUACGCUGAUAGGACUAGUUUGCACAUUUUUUGAUUGCUUUAAUGUGCCUGUUUUUUGGCCCAUACUGGUUAUGUAUUUUAUAACAUUAUUCUGCAUAACUAUGAAGAGACAAAUAAAGCAUAUGAUCAAAUAUAAGUAUCUACCGUUUACUCGUAAUAAGCCACGUUAUCAGCGUGUAAAUGAUCCCCAAACAACGGCAAAUUCAAAGUGACAAUUAGCCGCACAGACAUUGCCAACAACCGCAACAACAACACUAGCAAACGACAAAAUUGAAGUCUCAACCUCAGCAAUAACAACAGCAAAGACUUCGGAAUUGACUACAGCACCAACAGCAACAACGACAGCAGUAGGAUUACUAUCGGCGGGCUCAGUUAUAGCUACUCAUGUAGCCAAACCUUCGCAAAUUGUAAUAAUCGAUGAUGAAUAGAUAGUGAAAAAAACAGAGUAUCAACCUCUAAGCUUGUGUAUGGGAAAGAUAAAAUAAUCGGAAUGAAUUUAAAUAUACUGUUUUUUUUGUUUCAGUGCUAUAAAAAGUUUUCAGCCAUUUCCAAACAAACGCCUGUUAGUUGCUUUAUUGAAACCUACAUUUUUUCAGGCGGCCUCAUUACUUUUGUUUUGCGUGUAGUCUUUUUUUUCUUUAGUUAUAACAAGAGCGUAACAAAGAAGACGAACAUGAUUUUGUCGCGGCAAUGUUUGUGCACCAAAUAUAUUUGUAUAAAAAUUUGAUUUUCUCUCUGUAGAUAAAUGAAGAGAAUCUGCUUAUAUAGGAAUAACAAUUUAUGUCAUAAUCUGUCCUUUUCGUUUAAUUUUAAUUUAAAUGAGUUCGUAAUCCUUACAAUCCAUUUGAAAAACUAUUAAUUACGCAUUAUUUGUUUUAAUAUUUAAGUAAGUGUGCUUUACAAAAAA